AUGGAUAGCGGUGUAGGCUACAAAUUGACAGGGAUUAGGCAGAUUGUGAGGUUAAAGGAAAUGCUGCAGAAGUGGCAGAACGUGACUUUAGGGCAAAAAGCUUCGAUUCCCACCAUUACUGAUAAAGUGCCUAACAAUGAUGGAAGCGGAUUGCCAUUGAUAAACAAAAGGGUAGUGAAUGUUAUGAACACUGAAUCUGACACAGAAGACAGCUGCCAAAGUCCUGAACCGCUUCCACCACCUGAUGUUCCAAAGGGAUACUUGGCAGUGUAUGUUGGACCUGAGCUAAGGAGGUUCAUCAUUCCCACCACUUAUCUCAGCCACUCUCUCUUCAAAGUUUUGCUGGAAAAGGCUGCAGAUGAAUUUGGCUUUGAUCACAGUGGAGGCCUCACCAUCCCUUGUGAGACUGAGACCUUCAAGUACCUACUCAAGUGCAUCGAGAAUGAAAACAAAGACCAACUCAAUCAUAAAACUGCACAAGCAGCCGAAAGCUCGGGAACUGUGGAAGAGUAAGUAGUUUUCCAAUAUUUCCGCACGUCCAAAAUCGUAGGCUGGUUUAAGGUGCAAAAGUGGAUCUCCUUUCCUACCAUAUUUUUGUUUUCAUUUCUUGUGCAUAUGAUACUAGUUAGGAAUAUUUUCAAACACCUUGUCGGCAUGAUGUUAGUGUCCAUUUAUUCUAUCUUUUUGGUAAAGACCUAUGCAUCACACUUUUCUAACUCAACUCAUUUUGUUUAGUCAAAAGGAGCAUUUAUGGCCUAUAAUUUUGAUAGUGUGGUUCUUU